UAAACAUCGGGGCUAAAUCUGAUAUUGUGCAUUUAAGUUAUUACAAAAUAAAUGGGUUUAGCUCUCAAAUCAAUGAUCCAAAUCCAUUAAUAAUUAACUUGCGUUCAUCGGUCUUUUGUCUCUCUCUGAAGAUCGUUAAAGGAAGCGAUCGAAAACUAAGCUGAAGCUCAGCUUAAUGUCGCAUCGCAUUAUUUGUUAAUAUUAUUCCGAAUAAAGAGAAAAAAGAGAAGUAAAAAUGAAUCUCAAAUUUUGUAUCCUUUUCUCAUUCUUUGUUCGCAACGUAAUCGCCAGAGGCGGCUAUCGCAGCACUUCUUUAUCUUCAGCUGCAGAUUUAGGGUUUGAAAAUGAGAGUUAUGCCGGUUCUGGAAGGCAUUUGAUCGAGGAAAACCAGUCUCACCACCCGAGAACUGAUAUUGCUCGUGGCUACAUGACUAACUCGGAACUAGAAAGGGCGGUGAAGGAAUUUGGGCGAAGAUGUAGCCACAUUUCUAGAAUAUACAGUAUUGGAGAAAGUGUGCGUGGUUUUCCACUGUGGGUGAUAGAGAUUUCUGACAAACCAGGCCGGGAAGAGCCUGAACCUGCAUUCAAGUUCAUUGGUAAUGUGCAUGGUGAUGAACCUGUUGGUCGUGAGCUUCUUUUGCUUCUUGCGAAUUGGAUAUGUGACAACUAUAAGAGGGACCCAUUGGUUGACUUGAUUGUUACCAAGGUUCACCUUCACAUACUUCCAUCAAUGAAUCCUGAUGGAUUUUCUUUUAGGAGACGUGGUAAUGCAAAUAAUGUUGAUCUAAAUCGAGAUUUUGCAGAUCAGUUCUUCCCUUGGAAUAAUAAUGAGGAUGCACGACAACCUGAAACAAAAGCAAUUAUGAGUUGGUUGAGAGAAAUGCGUUUUACAGCAUCUGCAAGUUUGCAUGGGGGUGCACUUGUUGCUAACUAUCCAUGGGACGCCUCUCUGGAUAAAAGGAAGAACUAUUAUGCAUGUCCUGAUGAUGGAACAUUCCGGUUCUUGGCAAGCAUAUAUAGCAAAUCUCACUAUAACAUGUCUUUGAGCAAAGAAUUUGAAGGAGGCAUUACCAAUGGAGCAGCCUGGUACCCUGUAUAUGGUGGCAUGCAAGAUUGGAACUACAUAUAUGGUGGUUGUUUUGAGUUGACCUUGGAGAUUAGUGAUAACAAAUGGCCUAAUGCCAAGGAGCUUCCUACCAUUUGGGAGUACAACAAAAUGAGCAUGCUAAAUCUUGUUGCGAGCCUUGUUAAGACAGGAGUUCAUGGAAGGGUCUUUUCUUCAGACAGUGGAAGGCCAUUGCCUGGGUUGAUCACAAUCAAGGGAAUAAAUUACACGGUUAAAACUAGCGGGACAUUAGCAGAUUAUCAUCGGUUACUCGUUCCAGGAGAGAGAUAUGAAGUUAUGGCUACUGUGCCUGGGUACAAAUCAAAGGCCACACAUAUUUGGUUGGAAAAAGAAGAAGCCACAAAUGUAGACUUUAUUCUUGAUCCAGAAGUCUCUUCCGAUGGAACUUUACUUCGUAGUAUUUGUGAUUGUGGUGGAAAAAGCCGGCUCCUUUCAAUAGGCUAUUUCUGGGGAACUCACUUUGAAGUUUAUUUAGUCUUGAUUGUUGUCCUAGCAUUUCUAUGCUUUUUGCUGACACGGCGAAUAAAAUCCAACCUUUUAAAACAGCGAUCGCCACCUAAAAGGUCAGUAUUGACAGUAUGACCUUACUUAAAACUUGUACUCUUGCAUUAUGAUCGAUAAAUUAAAUAGAAUAUCUUUUUGCUUGAUUGUGCAACUAGUAUAA